AUGUUCGGUACGCUCCUCUACGUGUCCGUCCUCUGCCUCAACGCCAUUGCCAUUCUCAACGAGGAUCGUUUCCUUUCAAGAGUCGGCUGGUCAUCCGCCUCUAUCCAGUACGAGCAGCAGCACUCCUUCACCUCUGGACCGGGAGGGCACGGAGGAUCAAGUGAUGCUGGCGUCAAGGAGAGGUUGGUGAACUUGAUGGGAGCCGUGAGAACAUUGCUGAGAGUACCCCUCGUUUUGAUCAACGUCCUCAUCAUUCUGUACGAGCUGCUCAAGUUCUAA